UUGUCAAAUCAUAAGCUCUUUCUAACCAUAAUUCACAAAUUCUAGUCAUUACCCAUUUCAAAUCAUCAAAUUAGUUCCCACAAAAUCCUUUUAAUCUUAUCAAAUUUCAUAUACAAGUUUCAAGAAACACUACUCUAUAUACACACUAUAUAUAUUGUCAAUUGCAAGCUUUCUAACCACAAUUGACAAAUUCUAAUCAAAACCCUUUUAAUCUCAAAGAAUUUCAUGGCCAUGAAGCAACUUCGGGGUUUCAGAAUUAGGCUCAAGCUGGUUAAAGCGGUCAAAUGGGCAAUUUAUGAUAAACAAACACAUUCUAGCUACACUAAGCUAAAACCAACAAAUUGUAAAGACAAAGUCAUGACAAAGCUAUGCAAAUUCGGACGGAGUUUAAAGAGAGGUGUGAAAGAGCUAUGCUUUAAAAAAUCGGGCUUAAAAUACGCUAGGAUUGGGCAGGACGAUGAGAAAAUGGUGCCAAGAGGGCACUUGGCUGUUUACUUUGGUGAAGAAGAGGAUCAUGCACGUAGAGUUUUGGUGCCAGUGAUUUAUUUCAAUCACCCGCUGUUUUGUGAUUUAUUACGAGAAGCUGAGAAGGUUUACGGGUUUAAUCAUCAUGGAGGAAUACGUGUACCGUGUCAGAUAUCGGAAUUUGAGAAUGUACAAACUAGGAUAUGCGCUACUGGUGGUUAUGGACGUUCAUGGAGAAGCUGGUUGUAACUCUGUGUGUUGGCUAGUGUCACAUAUUCUUCUUUGUGGCUAUUUCUUAGCAUUUUGUUGUUCUUUACUAUGUUGUUGUCAGCAUCAUUGUAACUUGUAAAUACAAUUUCGAUUAUCUCUUUCUUUAAUAAUAUAUCUUAGCUAUAGUUUUGUUAUGACUUAA